AUGAGAAAGAAGGAGGUCGCUCCGACGGAGCCUUUUCCGCCAUUCUAUUCUGAGAAAGCUCCACCACAAAGCUUGAAACCUGGACCUGGGUUAGAUUCAACCAAUUAUGGACCAUCAAAAUCGUGUCCUGGUAUUUACAAAUCCGAGCGCUCCCAAAAUCUCUCAGCUCAAUCUGAAGAAGCCUCUCAAGAAAGCUCCAUACUUUCCACACCAAAUUCUUCCUGUCAGUAUGUCACCAACAAACAUAGAUCUGAGUCAGGAUUGUUGGAAACGCACGACUGCAGAUGCGAAAGCUGUCAACAAGUCAAUCAUAGGAGUUUCGUCUGCCGACAUUCUACUUCUCAAUCACUUGCCCGAAGUGAGGAUAUUAUAGCUAUGGAUGGUCGGUAUGCAGCUAAUAGUAUCAAUGAUGAAAACAUCUAUCGCUCGCAUUCUUAUCCCGACUCCUCUAAAACUUCACAGCUCUCUAUGAGAUUAUAUCGAUUAUUGAAUGGACAAGUACACCGAGUAAUGCAAGUCAGCCAUGAAUCGGACCAUGUAGAAAUCCCACGGACGUCGAUGAGGCCAGAUCCAUUUUUGAAUAAUACAAUCCGUCGGACUACACAAUCUACCCAUAGAGUGAACUGCAGAAGCCGCACAGAAAACACACAGGGGUCAGAAAGCGCAUGUCGUAUGUUCAAUGGGUCGACCUAUCAACCUGUACAACCCAGUUUCACAAUGGAUAAUAUGGAAAAGUCGAAACUCCUAGAUAACUAUUAUCCAUUUCUCAAUGAUUCGAAACAUGGAAAACGUUCGUCGAGAUAUGGAUCGGAUUAUGUAGAAUGUCGUGGGUAUCCUAGGACUGGUCAUGGGCAUUGCGAUCGCAGUCCUGUUAGUUCGGGUAUCUUAGGGGAUUGCCAACACUGUCUUGAUGAUUGUGAGUGUUCUGCGUGCCAGAGCACAAUUCACAGUGUUCGAUGCUGCACAAAUGGAGUUCAUAAACCCAUGAUACAUCUUCAUCGCAGUCCAGCAAAGGUUUCCCUAAAUGAUGCGUUCAAUUCGAAUCAUGGACAUCCCGGCUCAACGCGGGAACGGAAAUCCUAUAUCUUAUCUCGCUCGCAGACUUAUGAUCGUUCCACGGUCCAUAAAUAUGAUAGUGUUUCGGAAUGGUUGGGGAGUCCGGAUGAGCCUUCGCCACCUCGAAGAUUUGAUACUCCGACUAAUACGCCUUCGAAGACUCUUCAUCUUCCGAAGAAUAGUUCGUCUUUUGCUGUUAAAGAAGCUAGGGAUUCGUUGUUGAUGGCUCGAACUCCUUCCCCUUGGACUUCAUCAUCGAUUAUCCUGAAAGAUAUAGCACCGCUAAUGAAGGAAACUUCAAGAAAGCUUCAGAAAAUUCUUGCUCGAAAAUAA